CUCCCCGCGCUCGCGCCCGCCGCCCGCGCCCGCUGCCAGGCAGCGGCGGGGAUGGCCAGGCGCCGAGCCGGGGCGGUGACGCGGGCUGCGCUGCGGCCAUUGGCCGAGGGGGCCUGAGGGACGGGCCAGCCCCGUGAACAAGGAGACGCCGAGCCGCGGGGCCCCGGGAGAGCGAGGGCGAUGGAGGCCAACGCGCCCAAGCGCAAGGAGCCCGGCAAGUCCCUGCGCAUCAAAGUCAUCUCCAUGGGCAACGCCGAAGUGGGCAAAAGCUGCAUCAUAAAACGAUACUGUGAGAAAAGAUUCGUGUCUAAAUAUCUUGCAACAAUUGGAAUUGACUAUGGUGUCACAAAGGUACAAGUCAGAGACAGAGAAAUCAAAGUGAACAUCUUCGAUAUGGCUGGACAUCCCUUCUUCUAUGAGGUUCGUAAUGAGUUUUACAAGGACACACAGGGCGUGAUACUGGUGUAUGAUGUGGGGCAGAAAGACUCCUUUGAUGCCCUUGAUGCAUGGCUGGCAGAGAUGAAGCAAGACCUUGGACCACACGGAAACAUGGAAAAUAUUGUAUUUGUAGUGUGUGCCAACAAGAUUGACCUUACUAAGCACCGUUGUGUGGAUGAAAGUGAAGGACGCCUUUGGGCUGAAAGUAAAGGGUUCCUGUACUUUGAGACCUCGGCCCAGACUGGAGAAGGAAUCAAUGAGAUGUUCCAGACCUUCUAUCUAGCCAUCGUCGAUUUCUGUGAACACGGCGGGAAACGCCCCGUGCCCAGCAGCAGCGUGAGCUUCACCAAAGAGCAGGCGGACACCAUCCGCCGCAUCCGGGGCAGCAAGGACAGCUGGGACAUGCUGGGGCUCAAGCCCGGGGCCUCGAGGGAGGAAGUCAACAAAGCGUACCGGAAGCUGGCAGUGCUGCUGCACCCCGACAAGUGCAUGGCACCCGGGAGCGAGGAUGCCUUCAAGGCCGUGGUGAACGCCCGGACAGCCCUGCUGAAGAAUACCAAGUAGGAGGGCCAGGCACGCA